GUUAGUGUGCAUGGUGGAUCUUGGAGCGUGCGCGGCAGGCUGCACUCAUGAUGUAGGCCUGCGUGCAUAAUUACAGGAAUGAUAACGAUGCGUACGCGUACGUACGUGUGGUGUUCCCCGCUCACUUGACUUAAAGACCGUGGCCAAGUCAAAUCUGUAACUGCGAAGAGGGAAUCCAUUUUGGAGAUUAUUGUCUGAUGACAGAAGACAUGAUGAAUACAAUAUUUGACAACUCACCGUUCCAUCUUGUACCAUGCUCUCCAUAUAUCGGAACAACGAUCUCAACAAAAUCCCAAGCUGUGAGAGCUGUACCAGACCUUGGGGAAAAUGCAGAUACAAUGGUAGCUGAGAGUCCACGAUCUGCUAUAGGACAAGAUGUUCCCCAGACUCCAGUAAUUCAAAAUGCCAACAGACAAUUACAAAGACAGAAACUGAAGGUCAUGUCACCCCUCGAUGAAUGCAGAGUGGCAACACCAGAGCAAGAGGUACCGAAGACACCUAUCCAAAUAGAUUCUUCAGCUGGGAAGAAAACACCCCUACUCACCCUCAAGUUCAAGAGCAACAGCAAAAUGCCACUACAGAGGAGAGAUGAGGCAAAGGAAAUCAAUCUUUUCCAUGGUGAUGAUAAUGACAUCUUUGACUGAAAUUGAUCUUCAAGUUCCCUUAUUUUUAUAACCUAACACUGUUCGUCAGAUCACCGGAUUACUUUUGUGUGCGUGUCUUGUACGUGUGAAAGCCAUUUCAAAGAGACGAAAAACCUCAUUGUGCAAAGCCUCCAUUGUGCAUUUUAGAAUUUCCAUCAGACAUCCCAGUUACAUGCCUGAUGCAGUUUAUUAUAUAGCUACAUAAAACAAUUAUCCACUCUGUUUAAUGAAGAAUGUGAUAUGGCUGACAAAUCCUGUUUCUUCACAGCAAUCUACCUAUUAAUUUGUAAUUUUGUGACAGUUUUUAGAAUAACUGUUCAGUAGACAAGGGUUGAUAAAUACCAACCUGCACUGCUUAUCAUUAAUAAGUUUAAUACUCAAAAUCAGCAACACUUACAUUCAUCUUGUUGAGGAUGUAGACUCGUUUGCCUCUAUAGUUUAUACUGAUCUUGAAAUUAAUUGAAGCUUUUACUAAGUGAUAGACCGCGAUAGACAAUCGUAAGAGUUUCGGCCACUUUGCCUUGAGCCUCUUGUGAAAUUCGUGGUAGUUCCUCAUAAAACCAGUCUAAUGUAGGCCCCCUAUGAACGGUAGUUUUUAUAUUAUCCACAGAAAGCAAUGAAUAAGAUGUCUUAAAGACUGUCUCAACUUGCUCAGACUUGCUUGUCACUGGUUUGCUACGACCAGAACCCCCUCAACUGGCGAAUAAAGAAGUUGUUGUCACCACCUCUGGUUCACUUCACAGUCACAAUGGUUACUUUUCAAUGUGUCACUACUAGUCCAGUGCUGUCCAAGUGUAAAGGACAGCUCCUUGCACGCAACUUGGACCCACCGUCCUAUCAAAUCAAUGUUGCUGGACAAACGAAACGAAACCUAAGCAGUUCAUUGAUAAGUUUCCAAAACUGAAAGCUCAGUUUCUUCCACCUUGAUCGUUCAGAAUAUAAGAUGGAAAAAGCAUUUAAACGAAUAGUGCUGCAACGGUUAUGAUUUCGAUUCUAUUUAUGUAAUUAUUUUUGAAGGGCGUUGUGUUAAUCAGAGGGCGUAUCGUUUUUAUGUUACCCAUUGUCCAACGCCCUACUUGUUUUUGUUACAAUAAUAAGGGUUCGUAAGUUGGACAGGUUUGACGUCCAGAUUUGAAAUUUACAGAACAGCUACAUUGAUUCGUCCUUUUUCCAAAACGUUGUGACAUUAUUGUGUAAAUUGAAUUGAAGUAUAUUUCUGCACGGAAGUGACUAUUUCAUGAAUACACGAAGGCAAUUAUCGCUGCAGAUUGAGUUUAAAAUAUUGAUUAGAGUGGAUCAUUUUUUUCAUCAAUAAAGCGGCUAAAAAAUUAAA